UAAGGAAGUAUAGAACUACAUAUGCGAUUGUCUUGGUGUUAGCCAUGAUAAUCGGAACCAAUACAGCAUUUGGUGAGACAAUAGGCAGCUGUCAUAAGAGAGAGAAGAUGUUGUGUAAAAAAAGAGACAUCACCAGUUUAUGGAAGGAACUGUCUGAUGAACUUAGUGAACUGAAAGAGGAGAUGGUUAACAUAAAGGAAACUGUGAAUGGUUUGAAGAAGGAUGAACUUGGUGAAUUGAAACAGGAGAUUCUUGACAUAAAAGAAACUGUGAAUGAUCUGAAGAAGGGUGAACUCGGUGAAUUGAAAGAGGAGAUGGUUGACACAAAGGAAACCCUGAAUGAAUUAAAGAAGGAUAUACUGGGGACCAAGAAUCAAAUUCGGGUUGGACCUCAUAUGGACUGCAGUGAAGACAAGAACUUCACUGGUGCUAGAAUAAUCCAGCCACAUGGACAAAAGGCAUUCAGAGUAUACUGUAGUGGUGGGUGUGUCUACAUAGCCAGGCGCUUUGACGGGAGUGUUGAUUUCUACAGAGGCUGGGCAGAGUAUCAAAGAGGGUUUGGUAGCCCAGGAGGAGAAUAUUUCAUUGGGUUGGACAACCUACAUGGUCUAUUAAAUCAAAGUAAAUACAGUCUCACAGUUGAACUUACCACGUGGCCACCACAGAGUGAAACACGUCAUGCUAAAUACUCUGUAUUUGAUGUGAGUGAUGAAAGUGAUAACUACAGACUGACAAUUGGAAGUUAUAGUGGCACUGCAGGGAACUCACUUUCUUGGCACACUGCGAUACGCAAACCCCCCCACUCUAUUCCAUCUCAAGCCUUGGCAGCUCGCUACCACUUAGAGAGAAAACGACACAUAACAGUAUUUUAA